CAUCAGAAUAUAUGACAAUGUGGUUUGUCUAAGCAACAUAGGGAUAUGUUGUGGCUUUUUCUAAAUGAGUAUUUGAUAUGUAGAACAACUGAACAUGUCAGUUCACAAGUCAAUAUAACUUACUUCAACCUAUUACUUUGGCGCCAAUCACUACUUUGGCCAUGAACUUGGUUGGAAGUGAACAAUUCUUACCACAUUUAUCGUCGUCUGCAGAAGAUGACUUCCUGAUAAAGAUGAUCAACCUCAUCCAUGACCCUGAUGGUCGUCGACUCGAUUCUGAGCUAUUGCUUCUUGCAGUGGAGACUAUCAUGUGCCAUGCUACUACCACACAGGGUUCUUAUCUGCAUCUUGAUGACUUUGCAAAAAGUAAUAUAUGCAGCAUUGACGAAGUUGGAUCAGAAGAUUCACUAGGACACACCAUUUAUAAGAUCUCACGCGAGAUGCUACUCCAGUGUCUUGUGGAAGGGAAUUUACAUGCAAAAACGAUGAUCUUGUUUGGUAUGCUGGAGCAUUAUAGAUGGGAUGCGAAAGUGGUUUUGAUACUAGCUGCUUUUGUGACAAUCUACAGUGAAUUUUGGCUCAUAAUGCAAGUGCACCCUCAUAACCCCUUGGCAGCUUCGUUAGCAAUGCUUAAGCAGUUGCCUGGUGACUUGACCACAUUGAAGCCGCGAUUUAAGGCCUUAACCAUUUUGGUUAAGAUUAUGGUAGAUGUGACAAAGUGCAUCAUCAAAUUCGAAGGCCUGCCACUGCAACAUGUAGCCCUGGAUAAUGAGGCAUUGUGUGUUACAAAGUCUCGGAUCUACACUGCUGCUUACUGGAUCAUUAGGAGUGCCCUGACAUGUGCUUCGGAAAUCACAAACUUGAUAGCCUUUAAAAAUGAGCAAGUGCAUUCAAAUUCAGAAACCAUUGCGGCGUGGGAGCUCUCAAGUUUGGUGUGUAGGUUGAGCAGCAUAUGCAGUCACCUUAGACAGCUAGUGGAUGUGUGUGAUCAGCGAAUAGAGACAAAUUUGCAUAACAAGCUCUUGAAUCUUUUUAAGGAGACUCACACAGACAACCAAGAGGUCCUUCGUCUUCUAUUCCCUUUGAAAAAUGACUUGCCACUGAAAAAUUGUUCCUCGCAGGCACAGCUUGGUGUGUCUGAAUUGAAAGACAAGAUAGUCAUACUGUUGGUCUCAAAGCCAGAGCUCAUGCCUAUAGAGGGACUACUCUUGCUGGUGCAGCAGGCAUACGAUCAUCCUCUCCGGAUUAAGCUAGAAGGAAGCUAUGAAAUCGUUUGGCUUCCCAUUUCACAUUCCAACACUUGGACUCAUGUUGAGGAGGGAUUUUUCAAUUUUUUAUCCGACUACUUGCCAUGGUACUCGAUUCAUCGCCCAUGGUUGCUCAGGUCAGCAGUGAUAAACUUUAUCAAGCAAGUUUGGAGCUUCAAAGAGGACCCCUUAAUGGUAGUAUUGGAUUCACAAGGUAUGGUUACAAACAUAAAUGCAAUUGAUAUGAUGCUGAUUUGGGGUGUCGGAGCAUAUCCCUUUUCAGCUACAAGAGAGAGAGAGCUUUGGGAGGAAGAUAAGUGGAAUUUACAACUUUUAAUGGAUGGAAUUGACCCCCUAUUAGCUAUGUGGGUAGAAGAAGAGAGAAAUCUUUGCAUUUAUGGAAGCGACAACCUAGAUUGGAUUAGAGAAUUCAGUGCUAAAGUGAGGGAGAUAACAAGUGCAGGAGGGCAGCUUGAGAUGGUCUAUGUUGGCAAGAAAAAUCCAAGUGAAGGCGUAAAGGACAUUUUGGCCACCAUUGUUGAGGAAAAGCUAAGUGGUUCACUCACUUCAACAAAAAUGCGAUUCUUCUGGCUUCGGUUGGAGAGUAUGAGAAAAUCAAAACUCCGUCUAGGACACACAUUUGACGACGAUUUUAUCAUAAAAGGGGUGUCAAGAUUGCUGGAUAUCGACGAAAAUGACAAUGAAUGGGUGGUCUUGGGGAAAGGCUCUAAUUGCUUGAAUCUUAUAGAAAAUGUGGACAAGUUGGGAUUAGUGAAUGAAAUUAGAGCUUUUCUUGAGCCGCCUCCUCUUGUUGCAGAGCCUUGUGAUCACUAUAGUGUUGUCCCAUUCGCUGAAGAAUUGAUCCAAAAAACUGCAGUCUGUGAAAAAUGUAAGCGUCCCAUGGAGAAGUUUGUUCUCUAUAAAUGUGAUACACAACUGAGUAGCUGAACUUGGCAGUGUUGUCAUGAUCAUUUGGCUAUCAUGUUGAAGUUCACUUACUUUCAAACAUUUGUAGAAUAAACUUGCAGAGUUCAUCAUAGUUCUUUGCAAGUAGACUGCUUGAGUUUAAGCUGUCAUUUGAGAAAGAAUGAGCUAUCAUGUUAAUUUAAUGACUUCUAAACAUUUGUAAAGAAACUAUUAAAGGUUACUUGAAGUUAUAUCUCUCUUCACCAA